CACAGCACAUCCCACCACUAUCCAGGUUGUGGGAAUGAUCUUUCUUGCAUGCAUUUUCAUUGCUACUUUUGCAGUUGGUCUCAUUGGAAAUGGGCUUGUAAUAUUUCUGACUGGCUGCAGAAUGAAGACGACCGUCAACUCCAUUCUGUUUCUCAACUUAGCGAUUGCAGACUUCACCUUCCUGUUGUCUACAGUCUUAAAUAUUUUCUUAAUUUUGGCCCAGAGUCAAUUAGGUAAAAUAACUAACAAAUUAUUUUCCUUUAUAUUCGGACUAAAUCUGUUUGCUAGUAUUUUCUUUCUUGUAGUUAUCAGUCUGGACCGAUGCCUGUGCACAUGGUUGGUUGUUUGGGCUAGAAAUAAACGAACUUUACUUAAAGCCAAGAUCAUCUGCAUAAUUGUGUGGGUUUCAUCCAUCAGCUGCUGCAUUCCUUUCUUUACAGUUAAUACGUUUACUCGUGCGUCUCUGGUCACAUAUCAUUUUACAGUGGGCUUUCUCAUCCCCUUUCUGAUCAUUGCAUCUUCAUACACAGCUAUUGGAGUACGAAUCAAACGCCUCAAAGGGGGAAAGCAUCUCAGGACAUACAGGGGCAUUAUAACUGUAACUCUGGCUUUUUUCAUAUGUUGGUUUCCAUUCCAUGUUUGCAAUUUUUAUGCAGUAACUGCACUAGGAAAUAACUGGAGUGAAGUAUUGUUGACAGCAAUGUUUGUCUGUACCUACCUGGUUUAUCUCAACAGCUGUCUGAACCCCAUUCUCUAUGUGUUCAUGUGUGAUGAGUAUAAGAAGAAGCUUAAACAGUCUCUGCUGCUGGUGCUGGAGACGGCUUUUGCUGAAGAUCAUCUGGACUUUAAGGCAGACGCAAAAGAACGAUCAGGACAUGAAAACUCAACUGAACUGUUGGAUAUGUAG